CCGCCGCCCACUAAACGAACCCAAGAAACGGAAUGGGUUCCGACGGAAGAGCCACUGCAAGAGCUCGCAAUAUUUGAUCGUCGGUUGUCAUCUCCAUUUCCCGCCGGCCGCCACCAGCACCGCCGCCUUGCACGGCGGACUGGCAACAGGGCUCCUUCCGGUAAGCCAGUUUUUGUCCCCACAUUGUAGUUUCCACAAAAGAAGAAGACACUCAAAGACUGAACCUUUUUGUUCACAUGCAUGGCUCUUUUCAUAAGUGAGCGUCGUGUGAGUUCUAAGCUUCCCCACAUGCACGUUGUCCCCUAGAGCCUACUUCCUUUCUCCGCCACCGCCACCGCCACCGCCACCGUCGCCACCACCAUCAUCAAAACUACUCUCUCACCUCUGGUUCGAUAUGGCAAAACCCACCCUUUGUUUCUUCUUUUUCCUGUUCUUUGGACUGGUUUCUUCUCUUUCUCCUGACGGACAAGCCCUUCUCUCGCUUCUCUCCGGCGCCGGUUCCUCCUCCAAAUCAUCGUCUCCUGCCUCCGUUCUCCCCUCCUGGAACCCCUCAAGCUCCACGCCCUGUUCAUGGCAGGGCAUUACAUGCUCGCCGCAGAACAGAGUCAUCUCCAUCUCCCUCCCGAAUACAUUCCUCAACCUCUCAUCCCUUCCAUUGCAACUCGCUUCCCUUUCCUAUCUCCAACUCCUCAAUCUCUCAUCCACCAACAUCUCCGGCUCCAUCCCUCCCUCGUUCGGCUCCUUUUCCCAUCUCCGGCUUCUCGACCUCUCUUCCAACUCUCUCUACGGCGCCAUUCCGUCGGAGCUCGGCCGCCUCGGCUCGCUCCAGUUCCUUUUCCUGAAUUCGAACCGUUUGUCCGGCCGGAUUCCUCAAGAACUGGCCAAUCUCUCCUCUCUGCAAGUCCUCUGUCUGCAGGACAAUCUGCUCAACGGCUCGAUUCCUUCGAAAUUAGGCUCCUUGGUGGCCCUCCAGGAGCUCAGAAUCGGGGGAAACCCUUUUCUGAGCGGUGAAAUUCCGUCAGAAUUGGGAUUUCUCACCAAUCUCACCACGCUAGGCUUAGCCGCAACGGGACUUUCAGGAGUCAUUCCGGCCAAAUUUGGGAACUUGAUCAAUCUCCAAACUCUAGCCCUUUAUGAUACUGAGGUAUUUGGUUCGAUUCCGGCCGAGCUCGGCCUCUGUUCGGAGCUACGGAACCUGUAUUUGCACAUGAACAAGCUCACCGGCUCAGUCCCUGCUCAGCUUGGAAAGCUGCAAAAACUUACUAGUUUGCUUGUAUGGGGCAAUUCACUCACUGGACCUAUCCCGGCUGAGCUCUCCAACUGUUCUUCGCUUGUCGUUUUCGAUGCCUCUGCCAAUGAUCUAAGCAGUGAGAUACCGGGUGAUUUGGGGAAGCUAGGGGUUCUUGAACAGCUUCAUUUGUCUGACAAUUCGCUGACGGGCCUAAUACCGUGGCAGCUUAGUAAUUGCACUAGCCUUACAGCUCUUCAGCUGGAUAAGAACCAGCUAUCAGGGCCAAUUCCAUGGCAGGUUGGGUAUUUGAAGCUGUUGCAGAGUUUCUUCUUGUGGGGUAACUCAGUUUCGGGUACCAUUCCAGCUUCAUUCGGGAACUGUACCGAGCUCUACGCGCUCGACCUUUCAAGGAACAGGAUUACAGGAUCAAUCCCAGAAGAGAUAUUUGGGUUAGAGAAGCUGAGCAAACUGCUUCUGUUGGGGAAUUCACUAUCAGGGGGGUUACCUAAAAGCAUUGCUAAGUGCCAAUCUUUAGUGAGGCUGAGACUGGGAGAGAAUCAGCUUUCGGGUCAGAUCCCCAAGGAGAUAGGGCAGUUGCAAAAUCUCGUGUUUCUUGAUCUGUACAUGAACCAUUUCUCCGGCGGUUUGCCUUCGGAGAUCGCUAAUGUCACAGUUCUUGAGCUCUUGGAUGUGCACAACAACUACUUAACCGGGGAGAUACCGUCUAAGCUGGGAGAGCUCGUGAACUUGGAGCAGCUUGAUCUCAGCAGAAACAGCUUCACCGGAGGAAUCCCCUCCAGUUUUGGUAACUUUAGUUACUUGAACAAACUCAUCCUGAACAACAAUUUGCUCGCCGGGUCUAUCCCGAAAUCGAUCAGAUAUCUGCAGAAGCUAACUCUUCUUGACUUGAGCUUCAACAGUCUUUCCGGGGCAAUCCCACCUGAGAUUGGCUAUGUGACAAGCUUAACCAUUAGUUUGGACCUGAGCUCGAAUCAGUUCACCAGUGAAAUCCCUGAGGCUGUGUCCGGUUUGACACAAUUACAAUCGCUUGAUCUCUCUCGCAAUAUGCUUUACGGGAAGAUCACAAUUCUCAGUCUCCUUACUAGUCUCACUUCUCUGAAUAUCUCAUACAAUAAUUUCUCAGGCCCUAUUCCUGUAACACCCUUUUUCAGAACCCUAUCUUCAAACUCAUUCCUCGAGAACCCCAACCUUUGUGAAUCUCUUGAUGGCUCCACAUGUUCAUCGCGGCUAAUUCACAGGAAUGGAUUGAAAUCUGAAAAAACUAUAGCUUUGGUAGCUAUAAUUCUAGCUUCCGUGAUCAUGGCAAUCAUCGCAUCAUGGAUUGUUCUGACCCGAAACCACAAGUACAUGUUAGAGAAAUCCUUGGCUACUGCAGCUUCUUCUUCAGGAGCCGAGGACUUUUCCUAUCCAUGGACUUUUAUUCCAUUCCAAAAGCUUAGUUUCACAAUCAACAACAUCUUGGAAUGCCUCAAAGACGAGAAUGUGAUUGGGAAAGGGUGUUCUGGGGUCGUAUACAGGGCAGAAAUGCCCAAUGGUGACUUGAUUGCUGUAAAAAAGCUGUGGAAGACAAAGAAGGAUGAAGAACCGGUUGACUCUUUUGCUGCAGAAAUUCAGAUCCUUGGACACAUAAGGCACCGUAACAUAGUGAAACUCCUAGGCUACUGUUCCAACAAGAGUGUUAAGCUCCUUCUCUACAACUACAUUUCCAAUGGAAAUCUGCAACAGCUCCUUCUGGGUAACCGGCAUUUGGACUGGGAAACCCGAUAUAAGAUUGCAGUUGGAUCAGCUCAGGGACUAGCUUAUCUUCAUCAUGACUGUGUUCCUGCAAUCCUCCACAGAGAUGUCAAGUGCAAUAAUAUACUCCUAGAUUCAAAGUUUGAGGCUUAUCUAGCUGAUUUCGGACUUGCAAAGCUAAUGAACUCUCCUAAUUACCACCAUGCAAUCUCUAGAGUAGCCGGGUCUUACGGAUAUAUAGCUCCAGAAUAUGGAUACACCAUGAACAUAACAGAGAAGAGCGAUGUCUACAGUUAUGGAGUGGUUCUGUUGGAGAUCUUGACCGGGCGUAGUGCUGUUGAGCCCCAGGUCGGGGAUGGACUUCACAUCGUCGAGUGGGUGAAGAAGAAGAUGGGAAGCUUUGAACCGGCUGUUACUAUACUUGAUUCGAAGCUACAGGGACUACCGGAUCAGAUAGUUCAAGAAAUGCUUCAAACGCUUGGAAUCGCAAUGUUUUGUGUCAAUUCCUCGCCAACUGAACGGCCUACCAUGAAGGAAGUGGUGGCACUGCUAAUGGAAGUGAAGAGUCCACCGGAAGAAUGGGGAAAAACCUCUCAGCCCCUAAUAAAACAGUCCUCAAACCAAAGCUGACACCCCCUCCCCCCCCCCCCCCCCCCCCCCCCCCCCCCCCAAUGGUUUUAACCAUUUCCAUCAUUUCUUCUAUUUCCCGAGAAAGUGAAAGGAAGUUUGUGUUCUUGGCGUGGGGAAAUAAGAGGAGAAGAACUUCGGUUCCUGGACCUUAUUGUACAGUUUUUAGAAACAUGAGUUUGGUUGAUUCUGCUUCAAGUUUAAUCAUUGUUCUUUGUCUCUUUGGAACUCUUCUGCAAAGUGGACACGCAAAAUGUGGGAUUGUUUACUUGGUCUCUAUGCAACUGAUUAUUGUAAAUUUCUCUGAUUUGAUUCAUCCCUACUUACUACAAUU